UUAAGUUUCUCAUAAGCAUGGCAUUAGUGUUGCGUAAUAUAUACGAAACUUUUAAUUACUUUUUCACUGAAUACAAAGAUCCGCGAAUCGAAAAUUACCCUUUGCUUGGAUCACCUUGGCCGAUUGUAGCGAUCAUUGCAGUUUAUCUAAAGUUUGUCUAUGAUUGGGGACGUCAUUUGAUGAAACACCAAAAACCAUUUGACCUAACAACAGUUAUGAAUAUAUACAAUUUGAUACAAAUUUUUUUGAAUCUUUACAUUGGUGUUGUUGGAGGUUUAAACUCCUACUUUACUGCAGACUAUAGUUGGAGUUGUGAAACAAUUAAUCAAAAAGACAACCCAUCGAGACGCAAGCUUAUAUUUAUUACAUAUCUAUAUUUUAUAUCUAAAAUUAUAGAUCUGUUAGACACGGUCUUUUUCGUUUUGCGGAAAAAAUACAAUCAAAUCACAUUUCUUCAUACCUAUCAUCACGCAGGAAUGGUUUUAGCUACGUAUGUAUUUACAAAAUUUUUGGCUGGAAGCCAUGCAACUCUAUUAGGAUUGAUCAACAGUUUUGUACACGUUAUCAUGUAUUUUUAUUACUUCCUCACAUCGUUCAAACCGGAGUUGAAGAAUUCUUUAUGGUGGAAACGACACAUAACUCAAGUGCAGCUAAUCCAAUUCACUAUUCUAAUGCUGCACUUUGGAGUUCCUUUAGUGGGUGAAUACUGCGACUUUCCGAAAGUUUUACUAUUUAUUGGAUUCACUCAAAAUAUGUUUAUGUUUACGUUGUUUGCUGAUUUUUAUAUCAAAACGUAUAUUAAAAAGAAAUAAAAUAUUGUU